AGACACGUCAGCUUUCUACAAUGAAUUUCAAUGGGAUUUCCUUUAUGUCAUUAAGAGGUUUAACAGAAGAACUGGUGUCCAGUAGAGUCAUUGUAGAUAAUAACACCUCAGAGUUUCUACUCAAUGAAACAGCAGAAGUUCAGGUUUUUGUUAAACCAGUAGGAGAAAUGGAUGUGAAUAGCACUGUUGGAUUUGUCUUAUACCAGAAUGAUAAUUUAUUUCCUUCCAAACAUGAAAAGAAAUUGAGAUUUCGAAAGAAGAUAAUUUCCGCCAGUAUUUCUGGAUCGCGUGCCAAUGUUGAGUUUAGCUUUAACCAGCAGUUUGAUCCAUCAUAUACUCUGGUUCAAUACGCUUGUGUUUUUUGGGACUAUGAAACGAGUGAAUGGAAUACAAGUGGCUGCCAGAAAAUUUCUAACCAGAUAACAUUAAAUGAGACCUCCCCCAACUCCAUCAUAUCAUUACAAUGCACCUGCCAUCAUACAACUAACUUUGCUGUUUUAAUGAAAUUUAAAGAAAAUAUCAAUUUUGCUUCCUUAAACAUUGUGUCAACAAUUGGCUGUGCACUUUCUGUGACUGGAUUAAGUAUAACUGUAAUGUUUUUAUUCUACGUCAGGAAGAAACAGUCAAUUUCCUGGAUCCUCAUAAGUUUCUGCUCAUCUUUGCUGGUCUUUUAUAUAAUCUUUAUUAUUGCAAUGGAGGUCUCAAAAUACACCAUUGAAACUGCAAAUCCAAACCAGAAUUCUUCAGAAAACAUCUUCUUUCCGAAUGACCUGGCGGAGGUGUAUGAUGGAGUGUGUACUAGCUUGGCUGCUCUACAGCAUUACUUUCUAUUGGCAACAUUUGUACUGAUGGCAUUAUUAGGAGUGGAGUUUUAUUUCCGCAUUAUCACUGCCUCUCACUUCUUGCCAGAGCACUUUAUGAAGAGUGCACUCAUAACAGGAUGGGGACUCCCAGCAAUAAUUGUCGCCAUAACAGUUGCAGCAACAUACCCAUCACAAAACUACAACCGAAAAGAAUUCUGUUGGCUUCUUGCCGAAAAUAAGACAAAGCAAUUUGAUAUUUCCAAGCCGAUGGUAUGGUCUUUUCUCCUUCCCGUUGGUCUGAUCCUUAUAGCAAAUAUUUGCAUUGUGAUAGCAGUUAUGCUCACGAUUUGGAAGAAAAAUCCAGAACUUAAGAGCACAAGAAAAAUGUCAUUUUUAAAGAAGACAUUAGCCACAUUCUCAGUUGUGUCUCUCCUGGGAGUCACCUGGGUAGUUGGGUAUUUGAUGCUCAUAGAGACUGACGACAAUGCCCAUUUAAUAUUCAGCUUCAUAUUUUGCAUCUGCUGUUCAACACAGGGUGUACAAAUCUUUGUAUUUUAUACAUUAAGAUCUCCAAUAUUCUUAAAGAAAGUUCUUGUUCUCAUUCGCAAGUUUAAUUCAUGCAAAGUAUACCUGCAUUCGGAGACAUAUUGGGUUAACAAGAUCCGAGAACAGACAACGAGAAGAUACCAUGAAAGAUUUCGAAACUUGUCAAACUCGACUGCUGAUUUAUUGUCUGAUGACAUAAAGACCGAAGAAUAAAUAAUGUUUUUAUA